AAGGCAGUGGAGCACUCAGCUCACAACACCCACGUUGCUGUUACUUUCUCUUUCCCCACUCGCCAUGAGCACCGUCGACGCGGCCACGAUCACGAAGCGCGCCCCGGCGCUCGUCGAGCCGAGCGAGCCCACGCCGCGCGGCGCGCUGGCGCUCUCGGCGCUCGACCGCCUCAUCGGCAUGCGCCUCUCCCGCGACCUCGUGCUCGUGUUCCCCCGCGGGGGCGGCGGCGGGGGCCGCGACCCGGCGCGCGCGGUGCGCGAGGGCCUCUCGCGGGCGCUCGUCCCCUACUACCCCGUGGCGGGGCGCCUCGCGGAGCCGCGCCCCGGGGAGCUCGAGGUCGAGUGCACGGGCGAGGGCGUGUGGUUCGUCGAGGCCGCGGCCGCGUGCGCCCUCGAGGACGUGAGCCACCUCGGCGGCGCCCCACUCCCCUUCCCCAGCGCCGACCUCGUGGCGCGGCCCCCGCCCGGGGUGAACAAGGACGACCUCCUCUUCAUGAUGCAGGUGACCGAAUUCAAAUGCGGCGGCGUCGCGGUCGGGAUCACGUACAACCACCUCGUCUUCGACGGCCUCGGCGCGGCGCAGUUCGUGAACGCGGUGGCCGAGUUGGCGCGGGGCCUCGCCGAGCCCUCGGUGAGCCCGGCGUGGCGCCGCGACUCCAUCCCGGGCCCACCACCACCCGCCAAGCCCACCUCGGCCCCCAACCUCACCUUCUACCGGUUCACCCCCUCCGAGUUCGACUUCCCCCUCGAGUCCAUCGACUGGGUCAAGGGCCGCGUCCGCUCCGAGUCGGGCCUCGGGUGCACCACCUUCGAGGCGGUCACCGCGAUGACGUGGCGGUCCCGCACGCGCGCGGUCCUCCGGUCCGAGCCCGAUGCGGACGUCCGCCUGAGCUUCAUGGCCAACGUCCGCCCCGUCCUAUGCGACCGCCUCGGGAUCCGCGGCGGCUACUACGGCAACUGCGUGUACCCGGUGGGGAUAUCCGCACCGGGGGAGCGCGUCGCGGGCGAGUCCCUAACGGCGUUGGUGGGGCUGAUCCGCGAGGCGAAGCGGACGGUGACGGCGGAGUUCACGGCGUGGCUGAGCGGGGACGCGGGGAAGGAGCGCUUCAACGUACCGUUGAAUUACGGGACGUUGAUGGUGACGGAGUGGAGCCGCCUCGGUUACGGCGACGUCGACUACGGGUGGGGUGGGCCCGGCUACGUCUUCCCCGUCCCGGGCGAGUUGAACGUCCUCGGCACGUGCGUCUACGUGCGGCCGCCCGUGCCGAAGCAGGGGGUGCGGCUCGUGAUGCGCUGCGUCGAGGAGCGACACGUGGCGGCGUUUCAGAGCGAGUUGGAGAAGCUGGUCUAACUCAGGCUCAUGUGUACCAACCAAGAUCGAUGCUACGUACCUACGCGCGUAAUCUGAUUUUAACUAAAAGUUUCUAGUUAUUAAUUAUAUUAUAUUAUUAUAAACCGUGAGAUGUAGCGUCAAUUAAGAUGUAUCCUUCCUUUAUUUAUCUAAGUUUGCUUGUUUAUUUUGGUGCAUGGCAUGACGAACGUGCAAUAAAUGAUUGAAUUAAAGAGUUGUCAGCAUGUCCAUCAAU